AUUAUGGUCAGGUUGACUUAACUUCUACCUUGUGAUUUCCAAAAGAAUUCAGUCGUAUCACUGGGACAAGGAUAAAUACAAUACAUGCAUAAACUCAUACGCAAAAAUAACAGUUGAUAAGUGAAAAAAGUAUGAGUUUUAGCAUUCCUUCUGAAGGUGAUUAAAUAGAAGGCACCAGGAAGAGUAAAUAAAGUUAAAAUACUGCAUUUAACAUCACAUUGGAAAACCUGCCGAACUGCUGCCAUAGUCAAGAUGAUACACAGUCUAGUUUUAGCUUUGUGUAUGGCCAUGGUGUCAGGAGCCCCCGGAUUUCAAUAUAUUCCCAAAGACCCAGAGCCUUGUUGUUUUCCCGAAGAAUGGGAAGCAGACUUUAGUGAGAACUCUGUCCUCCAGCAAAAGGUGUCCAGAGCUCACCCUAUGAUGUUUGUACAAGAAGGCCAUAUUUGGUAUGACAGCCCAAACAACAGAGUGGCACAACAAGUGUAUCAAAUGUUGCGUCAGCCUAAGAUAGUACAAGAAAUCAUUAUUUUGGUGGACUACAACAAGCAGAUGAAAUACAUUAUCCUCCCAGAGAAAGAAAAGUGUUUUGAACAAGCAACCCAAGCCAAGAAACUUCCAAGAUGUCUGAAUGAGACAGAUUACACCUUUUUGAAAUCACUCACUAUUGGGCAAGAACUGAAGGUCAACUUGUGGGAGAUGAGGAUAGUGAACAAGCAGAUGCAGCUGACAGAUGAUUUGUUGGUGACGGAAAAUUGUGUCCCUGUCGGAGACUCAUUUUAUGGGGAAGUCAAUACAGAACGUGCGGGGAUUGAAACAAUGGGAGCUAUCGUGAUAUCAAAUGUGACGCUUGGAAUCCAUGACACCAAGAUCUUUGACAUCCCUAGUUACUGCAAAUCAGAUAUGCUUCAAACAGACGAGGAUAUGACAUUUGCCUUCCUGAGAGCGUUUUGAAAAAUGUAUAACUGAUCAUGACAUUAAGGAAGUAGAAGCCAUAGAAAGAGUAUAAAAAUCUUUUCAAAAGGAAUCCAAAUUUUAUUUACUGAAAAAAUAAAAUAGAAUUGAAUGAGACAUUGUCGGUGACAAAAUUGCAAAUAAUAUGUACUGAUGUAUGCUUUAGUAUACCAUUUAAAAUAUGCAUCUCAAAAGAUAUACUAGUAUGAUCUCUUAUAUGCUUGUAAAAUGGGUUACACAAGAUUCAUUCAAAAAGCAAAAUUGUUUAAAUUCCCUCAUAUAAAUAUUUAGUUUCCUUGGAAUAAAUAUGAGCUUUGUUUUUUUUAGUUUAAACAAGUUUUUGGAAAGGUUGCUCCUAAAUCUGAUUCUGGCUUUAACCUCAAAGUAUCAAAAUAAGCAAAAAGAAAAUAUAAACAAGAAUCAUUACAUAUAAUUAUAUUUGAAAAAUGACUAUGGAACAUUUAUUGAGGAACUCUGAGAAUGUGUACCUCCUGUCUUGUAGUAUUUGUUAAGACACAUGUUCAAUCAUAAAUAUAAAUACUAUUUUGAAGUCUUUAAGCAAAAUGAUGUACAGUACUAAAAAUGUCAACCAAAUUCUUGGUCAAUUGCAAUUUUGAAUCUAUUCAAUGUAAAGAAUUCAAUUUUGCAGUAAACUAUUUUCAACAUACUGUUGUAUACAAAUACUAUAAAAUUGAAACAAAAAUUAUUACCAUUAAUGACAGUGGCAGUCAUCUUGAAAACUGGCUUCUGUAUACCCAUGAUGUAAAGUACUCCCAAACUUUGUCUACUUGGAUAACAUCUUGUAUGUACUCAGUUCAGUAACCUGAACUACAGGGUGUCAAAUAAAUAU